UACUUCAGACCUAAUUGACUCAAACAGAGUCGGGUCGGGUCGUCAUCCAAAUCCUUUUAACAGCAAACCCUAAUUGCCGCCGAUAUCUCCCUUAACCCUUCUCUUCUAAACCUUCUCAAGCUUCGCUCUCAGAGAUGGCGAAGUGUGGUAAAAAGAGCAAGAGUAAGAGGGUGACCUUGAAGCAGAAGAACAAGGUCCUUAGAAAGGUGAAGGAGCACCACAAGAAGAAGGCAAAGGAGGCUAAGAAGCUCGGCCUUAACCGCAAGCCGAGAGCAGAGAAGGACCCAGGUAUCCCCAAUGACUGGCCUUACAAGGAACAAGAGCUUAAGGCCUUAGAAGCUCGACGCGCCAGUGCUGUGGAGGUGAUUGAACAGAAGAAAGAGGCCCACAAAGAAAAGGCUAAAAAGAGGAAGCUUGAGGAUGAGGAGACCAAGAGUGGAGAUGACUCAACUAGACUUGUCAAUGUUCGAGAUAACUCGGAGAGGGCUUUCUACAAGGAGCUUGUGAAAGUCAUUGAACUAUCCGACGUCAUUCUCGAGGUUCUCGAUGCUCGUGAUCCCCUCGGCACGCGUUGUACCGACAUGGAGAGGAUGGUGAUGCAAGCUGGUCCCAAUAAGCACCUAGUGUUGCUUCUCAACAAGAUUGAUCUUGUUCCUCGAGAGGCUGCUGAGAAAUGGCUUAAGUACCUUAGGGAAGAGUUUCCAGCUGUUGCCUUCAAAUGUAGCACCCAGGAACAGAGAUCAAACUUGGGUUGGAAGUCUUCUAAGGCGUCGAAACCAAGUAAUCUUUUGCAGACGAGUGAUUGUCUUGGAGCAGACACUCUUAUCAAAUUGCUGAAAAACUACUCGAGAAGUCAUGAGUUGAAAAAAUCUAUUACAGUUGGUAUUAUUGGACUACCCAACGUAGGGAAGAGUAGUCUUAUCAACAGUUUGAAGAGAGCUCACGUUGUCAACGUCGGCGCCACUCCUGGACUAACCAGGUCUCUCCAAGAGGUUCACUUGGACAAAAACGUGAAGCUGCUGGAUUGUCCUGGAGUUGUGAUGCUCAAAUCUUCAGCGAAUGAUGCUUCUAUAGCUCUCCGCAAUUGUAAAAGAAUCGAGAAGUUGGAAGAUCCAGUUAGUCCAGUGAAGGAGAUACUCAAGCUUUGUUCACCACAACUGCUGGUGACUCUGUACAAGAUCCAGAGCUUCGAGGCGGUUGAUGACUUUCUUUAUAAAGUGGCUACUGUAAGGGGGAAGCUUAAGAAGGGUGGUCUUGUGGAUAUCGAAGCUGCUGCGAGGAUUGUGUUGCAUGACUGGAAUGAAGGUAAGAUUCCGUUCUAUACAAUGCCGCCAAAGAGGGACCAAGGUGAACACGCAGAGUCAAAGAUUGUGACGGAGUUGGCUAAGGAGUUCAACAUUGAUGAGGUUUACAGUGGUGAGUCCUCUUUCAUUGGGAGUUUGAAGACUGUUAGCGACUUCAACCCUGUUGAGAUUCCUUCCAGUGGUCCUCUCAGUUUCGAUGAAACUAUGAUCGAGGAUGGGUCUAAGACUCAGACCAAAGAAGAAGAGGCUGGUCUUGACAAUGAUGGUGAUGAGUCUAUGGGAGGGGAAGAGGAGGAAGAAGAAAUAGGAAAGUUGAAGUCCGAGGCGAGCAGGCAGAACAGGAAGCUAUACGCAGCUGAGAGCAUGCUUAACACAAAGAGGCAGAAAGCAGAGAAGAAGCAGAGGAAGAAGGCGAAGAAAGCAGCAGGUGGUGAGGAUCUUAUGGACGGAGAUUAUGAUUUCAAAGAAGAUUAUGGGAAGAAGAACAAAGAUACAGCCAUGGAUGAAGGAGAUGGUUUCCAAAUUGAUGCUAAAAUACCAAUGGCGGCACUUCUUGAUUUGCCUGAAGAAUGAGGGAGAGAUUAAACAAACAAUCGUUUUGUUCUUUGUGUUUAUUUAUGUGCUACUACUCAUACAUGUGUUUUGCUUCAUCAAGCGAUUUUGAUUCUA